UUGCAAGUGCAUUAACACGAGCUGUACGUUCUACAUUUUAAAACAUGGCAGCGGCACAGCUGGCCGUGCUGCUGCUCGGUGCAGCCUUUUUUGCACCAGCCAUCGCUGCGGAACCUGAGAGCGUCAAGAUUGGCGUCAAGCACCGCCCCGAGAAAUGCGAAACCAAGGCUAAAAAUGGAGACUAUGUUGGAGUACACUACAUUGGCAAGCUAACGGACGGCACAGAGUUCGACAACUCUUACAAACGAAGUGAACCCAUUGAAUUCCAGCUUGGGUAUGGACAGGUGAUUGCUGGCUGGGAGCAGGGCAUCCUCGGUAUGUGCCCGGGUGAGAAGCGCCGACUGCACAUUCCACCGCAUCUGGGCUACGGAGACGGCGGUAUGGGCCCCAUUCCAGGUGGCGCUACGCUGGUGUUUGACGUGGAGCUGUCGUACAUUGCCUCCGAGCCGCAGCAAUCCGGAUCUGACGGUUACCCCGGCGGUUAUGGGGCCGGUUACGGCGAGGAUGAGGAGGACUAUCCGCAGCUGCUGGGCGAGGAGGCGGGCUACGGUUUCGGUCAUCAGGAGGAGGCGAGCGGCGAGGAGCUGAACUUUGGCGACAUGCGGGGCUAUGGAUACGAUGACGAGGACACGGCAGAGAUGGACCAGUAGAUAGCCGCUAGGUGUCUAGCGCUGGGGGGAGGUGUAGCGCCGCACGACGGCAGCAGCAGCAACAGCAACAUGGGCAGUCAGCAUCGGGUGACGUUGCAUGCAGGCUACUCCGUUCCUGAUGUAUGUAACAGGCACUGCAUUCUUCUUAUCUUCCUUUGUAAGUGAUGAACCAUGGAGUGAAGAAAGGGGCACAUGCAUGACAGGUAUUGUUGUGCCGUAAAGAGUAGUGGUAUGUGUGGAAAGUAAUGGGGUAUGAAGUGAGGAAAUUGCGUCAGGUACGACCGUUACAGUUGACUCUGUCGUACAAACAGGUGUACCGGUACAUGCAUCGCCACACAAAGCAAACAACUGCAAUAGCAACUGCCAUUCUAACGGCACUGCUUUGAAGGCUCACCUGCCUUGGAAGCAGCCGGCUAUGAUACAAUAUGCAAAAAACAUCCCGACUGGACAACUAGAAGGCAC